AUGAGGAGGAUAUACAACAUGAGAACAUCUUCCACUCUAGAUGCAAAAUCCAAGACAAGGUUACAAUGGUUGAAUGAAAGUGGUGAUGUAAAGGUGACUAAACAAGUUAGGGUUACUUUUACUAUCAAGAAAGACAUUGAUGAUGUUUUGUGUGAUGUAGUUCCUAUGGAAGCUGGACACUUGUUAUUAGGCCGUCCUUGGCAAUAUGACAAGGAUACUUUGCAUCAUGGUCGAACUAACAAGUAUGAGUUUAAUUCUAAAGGUAAAAGAGUUGUACUUGCACCAUUAUCUCCUAAACAGGUACUGGAAGAUCAAAUAGCCUUACAAAAGUCAAUGGGAAAGCAAAAUACAAGAGAGGCCGAGUUGCAUUCCAAGAAAUUGAGUGUCAAACUCAUAGGAGAAAAUAACCCUAAUGAUCAUGUUUUGCCUAGUUCUAUUAUAUCUCUUUUGCAAGAAUAUGAAGAUGUAUUUCUAGAAGAGAUUCCUAAAGGAUUACCUUCAUUAAGAGGAAUUGAACGUCAAAUAUAUAUCAUUCCUGGAGCUUCAAUUCCCAACAAACCUGCAGAUAGGACCAAUCCAGAGGAAAGAAAGGAAUUACAAUGUCAGGGAAGUGAACUUCUUUAUAAAGGCUAUGUUAGAGAAAGUAUGAGCCCUUGUGCUAUGCCUGUGUUAUUGGUGUCUAAAAAAGAUGGAACAUGGAGAAUUUAUGUUGAUUAUAGGGCCAUUAAUAACAUAAAGAUUAAGUGUAGACAUCCAAUACCUACGUUAGAUGAUAUGCUUGAUGAAUUGCAUGGUCUUGUAGAUACUACAAAUGAUGAUGGUGGUGUUGAGGAUUCUAGUGAACCAGGGGGUUCAUCGGCAGGUGAUAAAGAGGAUGAUAUGGUUGCUGAUGAGUUUGUUUUAGUUAGAGAUAAGUAUCAUGCUACGAAAGAUGUUGUUCCUAUCUCUAAUGAAGCAGCUCAAUUGGAGCUUGUUUCCAUUGCUAAUGACCCAACAAUGACUGAACACAAAGAUGUUGGUCCAUAG